AUGGAUAGUUCAAAGCAACCUGCAACAUACCAAGACUGGUAUGACUGGCACGCUAAUAUUAAUCCUGAGCAGGAGAGUCUUCUAUUUCACGAAGAUAAACUACGCCUUAUAACAGAAAAUAACUUAGUCGAUAUAUUUAACGCAAGCUACGAUAUACAGUGGAACAACUUAGUUGAACGACUUCGAGAUGUGGAAUCUCCUGCGUUGCUCUUUGACGGGCAUGAAACGCUACGAGAGAGAACUUACAGCGGGACGACUGUGAUUAGGGUGGUACCGGCUAUUGCGCUCAUUGCAGUCUCACUCAACAACUAUGUGGCGCGGUGCAAUCUGCCUUUCAAGUUCUCUUGGAGUCACGUAUCCCGCUCUUCGCAUGAAGGCGAUCUGUACAUGUCAUUCGGGGCGUGGCCUGCUGAAGAACGGGAGGUAUGGAUGUCAACGAGCCCUGGAUUUCGUGCAAAGCGAUGCACUGUAUGGGAGAGUACGAUCCGGUCCAGCUCACAAGCAAUCCGAAUUUCCUAUGCUAGAAGACUAACGGGACUUCAAAUCGGAACGUUGACCUGCGGUCAGCUUCUCUUUCAAUGGGGAAACACCAAAGCGCAUAAAGGACAAUGCACGACGAGCGAGAAGCUCUACGAAAUGCUGUGUAGGUAUUACCUGGCCUCAACUUCACGCAAGCCGUGGCAUGAUUGGAGCGUCGAAGCUCUCGCAGCUAUCCAUAAAGAGAGGGGGGCUGGUGAGAAGUAUGUUACAUCAUUCUGGGGUAAGGUGAAGAAAAAGAUGGAUGGAUCAGAUGCCGUUCCUGCCAUGAAGGAGAAGUAG